AUGCGUCUUUCUGCCCUGCUGGCCUUGGCAUCCAAAGCCACCCUCUCACCUCACUACCGCUAUGGGAUGAGCCGUCCAGGCUCCUUAGCAGACAAAAGGAAGAACCCCCCAUGGAGCAGGCGGCGCCCAGUAGUGGUAGAGCCCAUCUCUGAUGAAGACUGGCACCUAUUCUGUGGAGACAUGGUGGAAAUCUUAGAUGGCAAGGAUGCUGGGAAGCAGGGCAAAGUGGUCCAAGUCAUUCGGCAGCGGAACUGGGUUGUCCUGGAGGGCUUGAACACACAUUACCGCUACAUUGGCAGGACCAAAGAUCACCGAGGGACUAUGAUAGCUAGUGAAGCCCCCUUGCUUCAUCACCAGGUCAAGCUAGUCGACCCCGUGGACAGGAAACCCACUGAAAUCCAGUGGAGAUUUACUGAGUCGGGAGAGCGGGUUCGAGUCUCUACAAGGUCUGGAAGAAUUAUCCCCAAACCUGAGUUUCCUAGAGCAGAUGGCAUUGUUCCUGAAACAUGGACUGAUGGUCCCAAGGACACAUCAGUGGAAGACGCUCUAGAAAGAACUUAUGUAGCCCGGCUAAAGACAUUAGAAGAAGAUGUGAUGGAGGCAAUGGGGAUCCAGGAGACUCGAAGACACAAGAAAAUUUAUUGGUAUUGAGCCUGAGAGUAAUACUUCUACCUGCUCAGUAUUUUUUUGUUUUGUUUUUUGAGACAGGCUUUCUCUCUGUGUAGCCUUGGCUGCCCUGGACUCUUUGUAGACUAGGCUGGCCUUGACUCACAAGAGAUCUGCCUGGCUUCUGACUCCUUAGUGCUGGGAUUAAAGGUGUCUGCUCAGUCUUCACUUUGAGGGUGGAAGCCUUUCUUCCUAAAACAACAAUAAAGCACCUUGAGUUCA